CUCUUCGAUUCGUCACACCCGCCGACAAAUCUCUUUCUAUUAUCUGUUUUCCUCUCUCCUUCUCUGUCGCACCGUUUCGUUUCGCGAAAGAUCGCCGCCAAAUUUUGAAAAAGCGACGAUCCACCGCUCUCCUCCGACGCCGAUCCCCGAUCGAGCGAGUGAUCGCGAUUGCGAUUCGCACGACGCAAGUACAUCGCGAUGCGUCGCAACGCGGUAACGUCGUAAAACCGCGACGGUUUGACGGGUGCAUCCUUCGCGCUGGAUGAGACACGCCGUACGCGCCGCCGUCGAGCAGGAAAAGGAUCCUCGCGGAAGACGGACGCUCGUCACUCCGCGAGUUUGUUUUGACGACGGUUCUUACGGUCGUGUAUGGUGCUUACGUGCUUGCGCGAGAGGCGCGAGCGCGCUGCGUCGUAAACACACUGUGAUCUAAGUGCGCGAUUCCCACGAGAGGAAUAUUCAUUAAAGUUGGCGAACGCGUGGAUCGAUUUAUUUUACGAUCGCGAAAAUCGUCAAGAUCUCCUACUCGUCAUCGUCCAAGAGAACUACAUCUCAUCAUCGUCUUUUGCGUGUUACAUAUACAGCAUCUUAUUCUGUGCCUCAACGAUAUCUCUUCGACAUAUCCUCGCGAACACGAAGCCAGCCAGCGCAGCGGCCGGAUUCUCGUGCGUCGCGGGCGAUUGGACGAUUCGCUGAAGAAAUCCGUGAGAGAAAACGCUCCUUCCUAGAGGAUGCGAGGAAGGAUUUCUCCUCUUACCGAGGAAACAUGUCUCGCAGCGGUCGUCGCAACGCGCGAACCGGUUGCGCGCUCUUAAAAUAGUUUCUCACGCGCGUAGGUAACUGGCGCGCACCGUUGUCCCGCCGCGCCGCUGGAACACGCCGUCGGAGUAGUGCCAGGAUGACGAGUUGGAGUGCAUUGUUUGUCGCGGCCGCCGUCGGGAUUCUGUUGUUGACGACCGCGACAAAACGCUCGGAAGCGUGCAACGAGGCGAUCUGCGCCAGUGUCGUGAGCAAGUGCAUGCUGACGCAAAGCUGUAAAUGUGACCUGGUCACCUGCACUUGUUGCAAAGACUGCUUCUCGUGCUUGAGCUAUUUGUACGACGAAUGCUGUUCGUGCGUAGAUUUAUGCCCGAAGCCGAAUAUCACCGACAAUCCGUUGAGCAGGAAAUCUCACGUGGAGGAAUUCAGCGAACCAGUGCCAGCGCUCUUUCAAGCACUCACAGCCGAGGCGGAUCCACACGAGAGAUGGCUCACCUUCACAUAUCCGGUAGAUUUUGACAUGACGGUGUUCGCGCCGAAACACGAGAACGAAAUGAAAUAUCAUAUACAGGCCGCGAACGAGGAGCUGCAUCCGUUGAAGCCAAACGUGAUGACGGUGAACUGCACGGUCGCGUUCAUGGCGCAAUGCAAUUCCUGGAACAAAUGUCGGGCAUCCUGCCAGAGCAUGGGCGCCACGAGCUACAGGUGGUUCCACGAUGGCUGUUGCGAGUGUAUAGGCGAUACGUGCAUCAACUACGGAAUCAAUGAAUCGAGAUGCACGCUGUGCUCGCAGGGGGAUAAGGAGGAGGAAGAUGACCUGAAGGACACGCAAACAGCGUAUGAUGAUUACGGUCAGGACGAAGAUGAAGACGAAGAUGUGUUGAGCGUAGAGGAUUAGCCAUCGCGUUCGUCUAUGAGCGCUUUCCCUCGUCAUUCUUUCGUGCAAAAUAUAUGCGACAAGGGGAAAAGUGUUUGCGUGAAAGACAUUCCGAUAAAAUUAUGAUCGCGAGAUUAUUUGUUCUUGUAAAGAAGUCGUUUUAUUACUGUGUAAAAGUGAGACUACAAUCUUGAUAUUUGGAGUAUCUUUUCGGGAAAUCGUCUAAACUUCAUAAUAAUAAGUUAGUGAAUCUGCGACUUAGAAUUACUUUACAUGGGUGUUUCCUUCAUAAUCUGAUUCUUUGAACACAGCGAUUCGCUCGAAUAUGACUUUGAAUAAUCCGGAAAAUCGAUCGCAAUUGUGACAAAACUAAGUGUAAGCCUAAUUUUAGAGUGUUGUCCCUAAGGUUUUUAACAAAUUUUAUAAUUUAGUACGCGAAGUCGCCGACUAUCGACUGUAACGUGGGAA